AUGGAGAAUAAUGCUAGUAUCAAAUUGAUCCUCGGAGCCGCCCCGAUUGGUGACAGCUCCGUCGAUCCCAUGGCACGCUUCUCUACUCCGGAUGAAGUGAAUGCUUUUCUUGAUGUCUUUUCCAAGCAUGGCCAUAGCCAAAUUGACACUGCUGCCGUUUACUCCCCAGGCGCCCCGUACACUUCUGAGCCUAGAAUUGGUGCGGUCUCUGCAGGCGACCGAUUCCAUAUCGAUACUAAAGCAGACUGGUUUGAAGGCCACACCAAGGAGAGUGUUUUGCGCGACAUUGACAACUCGUUGAGAAACCUGAAAAUUGACCAGAUAAAUAUUUAUUAUCUUCAACUACCUGAACGCGUGCAUCCACUCGAGCCAGUUCUUGAGGUCCUCAAUCAAGCUCACCGAGAUGGCAAGAUCAAGGCUUGGGGCAUCUCUAACUAUCGAGCAGAUGAGGUUCAGAGAACUAUUGAGAUCUGUGAGAAACUGGGCUUUGUUAAGCCGAGCGUUUACCAGGGCCAUUAUAACCCAAUCGUUCGUGGCGCAGAAAAAGAAUUGUUCCCUCUUCUUCGCAAGCAUGGAAUGGCGUUCUACGCUUAUAGCCCCGGCGCAGGUGGCUUUUUCGCCCAGAAGCACAAAAGUGCUGAACCAAUGUCGCGGUUUUCAGGAUCAACCAAAGUUGGGAGCAUGUAUGUUGCCAUGUACGUCAAACAGUCCAUUGAAGCCGCUGUCGAUAAAGCGCUUCGGGUAGCGGCUAAGUACGGUAUUGGAGGCCAUGCUGCCGCACUCCGAUGGACAGCUCACCAUAGUAUCCUAAAGCAACAUCACGGAGAUGGCGUCAUCAUCGGCGCGUCAAGCUUGGAGCAGCUGGAAAACAACCUUCGGGUAAUCGAAGAGGGCCCAUUGCUUGAGGAGGUCGUUGCAGCCAUUGAUCAGGUGUACGAGGAGGUUGGGGAUGAGAUCAAAUACCACUUGUAA